ACGACGAGAGAGAGAGAGAGAGAGAGAGAGAGAGGGAAGAAAGAAAGAAGGCGGAGGAGAAUAAAGUCAUAAAAAAAUCGAGUGGUGGGCCUGGGGGUUGAGAUUUAGAGAUCAUAAUAGGGAGAUAAUCCUAGUAGUUUAAUUGCCGCGUAUCUGGCGAAAUCCACGAAUUCGAUUCAGUCGCAUUCGGGAAAGCGAGUUGUCUCGAAUAUUCAUCCAUCCCACCCGGAAAAGAAAAGCAGACCGAUCGAUAUGUCUCCUUGCCACCUUUCCCCCUCCUCUGCUUCGCUGUUCUAGUUCUCCUCCUCCUUUCUUUGAUCUGAACACAAGGGAACAAGCUCUGGUCUUGUCCUCAAUCCCCCAAGCGUUGAUGCCUUGGAAACAAUAGCAGACGAAGAGAAAGUUGGAGUCUUUGCCCACCGAUCCCUCUCUUUGGAAUUCUUGAAGGAGUGGAGAGAGAGAGUGGAGAACAAGUCACGGACUUGCCCUCUGUUUACUCCUCCUGGGGAGAGAAGGAAGAAGGAGUAAUUAAAAGGAAAAGCUGGGAUUUUUACUUGGUAUGAAGUGGGGGAGAAGGGGAGGGAGAAGGGUUGUAAGCUCUUGCUGUUGGUUUAAUGGCGGAGAUGGUGGCAGGGGACCGGAGGUGGUGGCUGUACCGCAAGGCCAUGGUGGUGCUCUGGGUGUCGGCCUCUGUGGGGAUAUGGGUGGGACUCCAUUGGUACAUCAGGAGAGUGAGCAUGAGGAAGGCUGAGGAGUCCCUCGUAAGCAUGUGCGAGGAGCGUGCAAGGAUGUUGCAGGACCAGUUUGCGGUGAGCGUCAACCAUGUCCACGCCCUUGCCAUCCUCGUCUCCACCUUCCAUUACCAGAAGCACCCGCCCGCCCUCGAUCAGGAGACAUUUGCAGAUUAUACUGCGAGGACGGCAUUCGAGCGGCCAUUGUUGAGUGGAGUGGCAUAUGCUCAACGGGUUGUUCAUUCUGAAAGAGAGUUGUUUGAAAGUCAGCAGGGGUGGAUGAUCAAGACUAUGAAACGAGAGCCAUCGCCAGUUCAAGAUGAGUAUGCACCUGUGAUAUAUUCUCAGGAGACUAUAUCCUAUAUUGAAGCUCUUGACAUGAUGUCUGGAGAGGAGGAUCGAGAAAAUAUCUUAAGGGCCAGGGCUACUGGCAAAGCUGUUCUUACAAGCCCAUUCAGACUGCUGGGAUCCAAUCAUCUGGGUGUGGUCUUAACAUUUCCGGUAUAUCGCUCGGGUCUUCCUGCUGAUGCAAUGGUAGAAGAACGUGUAGAAGCAACUGCAGGAUAUCUUGGAGGAGCUUUUGAUGUUGAAUCACUUGUGGAAAACUUGCUGAGGCAGCUUGCUGGAAAUCAGGAUAUUAUGGUAAAUGUGUAUGAUGUCACUAACGCUUCUGAGCCCUUGGUCAUGUAUGGAUCCCAAUUCCCUGAUGGUUAUAUGUCAUUUUCACACGUCAGCAUGCUUGAUUUUGGAGAUCCAUUUCGGAGACACCAAAUGGAAUGCAGGUACAGUAACAAGCCUCCCAUUCCAUUGUCUGCCAUUACCACGCCUUCUGGUGUCUUUGUGAUCUGCAUGCUAGCAGGAUAUAUAUUAUAUGCUGCUUGGAAUCGCUAUGACAAUGUUAAGGAAGAUUGUCGAAAAAUGGAAGAGCUAAAAAAACAAGCAGAGGCUGCAGAUGUUGCUAAAUCUCAGUUUCUUGCAACAGUUUCUCAUGAAAUCAGAACUCCUAUGAAUGGUGUCCUUGGGAUGCUAGACAUGCUUCUAGAUACCAACCUAAAUCUAACCCAAAAGGAUUACGCCCAAACUGCUCAAGUCUGUGGAAAGGCAUUGAUAUCAUUGAUUAAUGAAGUACUUGACCGAGCGAAAAUUGAAGCUGGCAAGUUAGAGAUAGAGUCAGUGCCAUUUGACCUGCGAUCAAUACUAGAUGAUGUUAUCUCUUUGUUUUCUGCAAAAUCAAGAGAGAAGGGAAUUGAGCUUGCUGUAUAUGUUUCUGACAGAGUUCCCGAAAUUCUUAUGGGUGACCCAGGGAGAUUUCGUCAAAUAAUUACAAAUCUUGUGGGGAAUUCAGUCAAAUUCACUGAACGUGGCCACAUUUUUGUCCAAGUUCAUCUGGCUGAGCAUUCAAAUACGAUCACAGAAGCAAAAGUUGAAACAGGCUUGAAUGGACAUUCAGGUGAAGCCAAAAUUAUAUCCACCGGUACUGCUUUUGAUACUUUAAGCGGUUUAGAAGCUGCUGACUGUAGAAACAGUUGGGAAAAUUUUAAGAUGGUACUUUCUCAUGAGCAAACACUGCCUACUUCGUCUGGGAUGCCGAAUGACAAUUAUGCUGAUAAAGUAACUCUCAUGGUAACUGUUGAGGAUACUGGAAUAGGGAUCCCAUUUCAUGCCCAGAAUCGGGUUUUCACACCUUUUAUGCAGGCUGACAGCUCAACCUCCAGGAAUUAUGGAGGAACUGGUAUUGGCUUGAGCAUCAGUAAGUGUCUGGUUGAACUGAUGGGUGGGCAAAUAAAUUUUGUAAGUCGCCCUCAUGUUGGGAGCACGUUCACUUUCACCGCUGUCCUCCAAAGAUGCGACAAGAGCGCAGGUAGUGAUGCAAAGAGGGCUCUUUCUGAGGUGCUGCCUACCUGUUUUGGAGGAACAAGAGCAAUUUUAGUUGAUAGAAGACCAGUUAGAGGUGCUGUAACAAGGUACCAUCUACAAAGGUUGGGCAUAAGUGUUGAAUGUGUCAGUACCAUCAAUGAGGUGCCUAAUGCAAUACAAGGACAAAAUGGUUGCUUGAGAUCUGGUACACAUAGCAAACAACCAUGCAUUUUGCUAAUUGAGCAUGAUUCAUGGGAUACUAAAGCGGAUGUUUGCUUGUGCAAUCAACUAAUACAAUGGAAAGAGAAUGGUCGUAUCAUUGAAAUACCCAAGGUGGUUCUUCUUGUGACUUCUGAAUCUGAUAAAACAAAGGCUGGUUCUGAUGUUGACAUUGUGAUCAUGAAGCCUCUGAGAGCAAGCACAGUGGCCGCAUGCUUUCAGCAAGUGCUAGGAAUUGGGAAACAGCAAACUAGAGAUAGACCCAAAGGGUCAGCUUCCCUGAGUGGUCUGCUAGAUGGAAAGAAUAUAUUAGUGGUUGAUGAUAAUAAGGUGAAUCUCAGAGUUGCUGCAGGUGUCCUGAAAAAAUAUGGGGCAAACGUGGAGUGUGCUGAAAGCGGCAAGGAUGCUCUUUCUCUCCUCCAACUGCCGCACAAGUUUGAUGCCUGCUUCAUGGAUGUUCAAAUGCCAGAGAUGGAUGGGUUUGAGGCAACUCGGCAGAUACGCUUGAUGGAGAGCAAAGCAACUGAAAAGAAUAGGAUCGGUCCUGCUCCAGAGGAAGGUUCUUUAAAGACUGCAUGGCACCUGCCAAUCCUAGCCAUGACAGCCGAUGUCAUCCAGGCAACAUAUGAGGAGUGUCUGAAAUGUGGUAUGGAUGGUUACGUCUCCAAGCCAUUUGAGGAAGCGCAGCUCUAUCAGGCAGUUGCUGAGUUCUUAGUGUCAGACUCCUGACACUCAUCUCAAGAACAAGUGCUGCAUUUCAUGAGAUACAAUUAUGGGCCCUGCUAGUAGACUUCCUGAAGCAGCAAUAGUUUUCUUUGAGAUCGAUUCGUGGUCUGUGGACACCUUGCUGGUUCGGUAAUUGGAAAAGAUAUCCACGAUAAUCAAGUCAAAGUAUGAAACUUUUAUCGAGUUCCAGUCUCCUUUGACUUUAUAAUUCUCCACUGUUACUUUGAGCCAACGUAUAUUGCAGCAUCCGGCUGCUGUACAUGUAUAAUUAACAGUAUCAUAAUGUAAACUCUGUUUGGGUGGGUAUAGCUUGCAUCAUUUACCCUGCUUUCUGAAACAGGGUGUCUUAUGUAAAAUUUUCCAUUCCACAAUGGGAGUAAAGUUUUUCAUGCCUGUUUUCCA